AUGGAGCUGAGUGGAGAUUGCAGCAGCACUAUUCCCGAUUAUUUGGAGGAUACCUUUGCGACCUUCAGUGAAGAAGAGGGGGAAAGCUGCAGGCAGGAUGAGAAUGAAUCAUUUGAAUCUUAUGACUCCAGAGAGGAGUUGGAAUGGCCCACUGGGUCGGAUCAAUCUGAAGACACAUGGCAGCCUUCGAGCCAGAAUGAUGAAGAACAAAAAACAGACUUUUGGGAUCCUGCCAUGGCAGAAAAAAGUCUGAUUCGAAAAUGGAUCAACCGUCUGAAAGAAGACAGACCUAGCGCCCAGCUUGCUGAAUGUGCCAGUAAACCAGGAAAUGCAUUGAUAAAAAUUACCGUGGCAUCUGAGGAAGAGCUGGAGGCUGUACAGUCUUUUUGUGCCAUCAAGAUUAACCGACUUGGUCACCUGCCAAGCUCUGCUCUUUCUAAUAGGCACAAGCGUUACAAUCAGCAGCAUGGAUUUGCUUCAGAGAAGGUCUUCAUGCAUGAGAUGGACCGUAUUGUUCCGGAUCAGCUAGUGAACAGAUUGCACCUAAAAAAUCUCAAGAAGACCAUGGAACAGUUAGCAGAAACUGAAAUGCAUCAACCGUCACAAUGCCCUGACUGUGAGAAGAAAAGAGCGGAGCUGGCAAGAGACGCUUUUCUGAGACGAAAGAGAACCUUAAUGGAAGGGGUUUUGCUUGAAGACAAACUGGAAGAUCAUAUCUACACCCAGGAUGCUCUUGUCCUCAUUGGCAAAGUACACCAAACUCUUCCUAAGCUUUCUGACGAUCCCAGGAACAUUUGGCAGAAACUGAAUGAGAGAGCUCUGCAGUCAUAG